AUGAAGUCUUUCCUGGGCCUGUGGGGACUCCUCCCCCUUCUUCCCUUUAUGAAGACUUGUGCUGAUGAUUGGACAGUCAUUCGUCUGCAAUGCACCAAUCACUGGUUCUAUCUCAGGAUUAAGGCUAUAUUAUUUUUCAACAUAUAUAUGGAACCUGAUGAAGUGUUUUUAGGAAUCGGCUGCCCUGUGUCCACCAUCUGGCCAAAUGAUGUCUAUGACUUUACCUACCGUACUUACUCCUGCGGCAUUGUCAAUAAAGUUAUUAAUGACGUCAUUCUGCUUGAGACUAAACUUAUAUACAUCUCUAGAAAUGGCACUCUCCGAGCUGAGAUGCAGCUGUCCUGCGUAAUGCAUAGCCGUUAUCCUCUUAUCUGUGAUGCUGAAUGUCGCGGAGAUUUCACUGGCAAUCCUCCUGCAUGGGAAGUAGAUAUGACAAUACCCAGACAUAAGCAAGCUGCUGAUACACGGACGCCAAACUUUUCAACAUCAAAUAAAGAACCCCAGGCCUCCGGAAGCAGAAGGCUUGGGCUGGCUCAAGUAUCUAGCUUCACAGAUUAGAAGUUAUCAGUUCUCCAUUUCUCCAGAAUGCAGACGGUUGGAUGAGUUCUUAUUCAUUUUAAAGAGAUUAAUUUGCCAUUUUAAAUUUGCAUCUGACCUUCAGAUAGUCUCAUUUUAAGAAGGGAGCUGUACUUGCUUUUAGCUGAAUAGAAUCUGAUUAAGGAAUGAACAUUUUCCAUUAAUGCUGUUUUUAAUUAUUGAAGAACUAAUGUGCAUAAUUUAAAGCCCAAUGUUUAUCGUGAUUUUGCUGCUUACGUUUGUUUUUUACUAUUUUAUGAGAAUUUCAUGUAUGUGUACAAUGUAGUUUGAUCCUAUCCAGGCUCCCGUGGUUCCCUUAGCACCCCCAAGAUCCACCCUCCAACCUCCCUACUGCUU